CGACGGCGCGGCGGCUUGCGAGCGCGCGGCCAGGCCUCUCUCUCCUCAGUCGUCCGAACAACAGCUCAGCAGCACCGACUCCUUCGACCGGCUGCCCACCCGGUUGCCCGCGUACGGACUUCACGCACACGCCCGCUGUGCCGCGCGUCGUCGUCGUCUUCCGUCCGCAUAUUCUUCGUUUCUAUUUUUAUGUUUCUCUUUCCCGGCUUCGGUUUACAACACAAUUCAUUAUCAUAUAUUAUAAUUUACAAUAAGAUUAUAUUUAAUAUAUUCUUUCCGUUAUACUUAUCACAUACACAUCGCAGGUGCCAAGUGUGUAUAUAUAUAACGCACACAACCCCUUCAAAAAGGUAAUUUCAUAUUCGUUUCUGUUUCUCUCGUCACCCAAAUACGUUUUGAAUGAAGAACGCACGUCAAGAUAGUGUAUCUCAUUACCAGAGAUUGCUCGAAGUCACAGGAGUCAUUCAAAUAUCUUACCAAAGGCGGCUGAUUCUAGUGAUCUAAGCUCACAACAGUUGCCGGUCCCGAUCGUCGUUUCCUAUUUCGAUGGGUUGAGACGAACUCUGACGAGUUUCCAGAGCCUGAAAAACUAUCUAUAUUAGUUGGUUCAAAGGCCGAAGGAGACAUAAUAUAUUGGAGAUUUUUUGAAGAAGGAAAAUUAACUUAUUCUAGUCAAAUCGCAAGAUACAGAAAUGUUGAAAGUAGUAGGAGCAUCAUGGGCUCAGACGCAACUGUCGUGGUGUUUGAUUAUUGCAAUCACUUUGUUGGGUUUGCUAGCAUUUUACUUUGGAGGAACGAUCAGAAACGAAUAUGAUGGUAAAUAUGCYGCAACAGCGUUUUGGAGCAAAGAAUUUGGAAUGAGAAUUGAUUUCUGUGGUCAAAAUAACGACCCGCUUAAAGUUAGAAAAGGAGUGGCAAGAGCUUAUUAUAGACCGGAUUUAUCUGAAAAUGGAUGGGCAGUUUUAGAAGUGGAGACUCAGGCGGAAUACCCGGACUACGUACAAGCUAAGGCUGCUGGAUAUUUGGAAGGAAGUUUGACGUGGCGGAUGAUUUAUUGGCACUGGAAGAACACAGUGGAAAACACAUGUAUCGGGAGAAAGAACUUUUGUGAACGUAUAAGAAAGUAUUUAGAAGAAAAUGCUGAAGAAAUCAAACGAACGGCAAAACGACGAGGCGAAUCAGACCCGUUUUGGCACCAAGUUGAUAUGUUUUACAUGCAAUUAAAAGCAUUGGAGGAUGGUUGGCGAUUUGGCGUAAAAAGAAGCAGACAAGACAUUGACAUACCAUCUGUAGACUUUUUAUGGAUGAACAUCAUGCCAGAUUUAAAAAACUUCGAACAAAAAUGGAAUGCAUCAAAAGAUUUUAAUCCAGAUAAGCCACCUUUAUCUGCUACAUUGGUAAAAAUUAUCAAUACCAACCCAAUUGAUUUUGUAUUAGCUCAAUCUACAUCUAGAUAUUACGGGUCAAUGUUGCGCAUACAGAAACGUUACAAUUUUGGUUUCCAUGAAACUGAAAGCGUUGACAGUGCGCUUGUUAAUGGAAAGAUAGUUGAGUUUUCGUCAUAUCCUGGAUCCAUUUAUUCUCAAGACGACUUUUAUAAGAUCACCAAGAAAGGUUCUGUGUCGGAGACUAUUGUUAUAGGGACAGAAUUACAAAAUAACAACAGACAACUCUGGGAAAAAAUUAUGAAGACCGAUCAAGUCCUGUUGGGUGCUAGAACCAUGGCGGCCAAUCGUUUAGCGAGUAACAGUAAGAAAUGGUACGAGGUGUUUUCAAGAAACAAUAGCGGCACCGGAAACAAACAGUGGCUGAUCAUCAGCACAAAUAGCACAUCAAUCGCAUUUGGAGUCAUUGAACAAAUGCCCGGCAUUGUUAGCUACGAAGAACUUUCCAAAACACUUUUGUCCAACGGUUAUUGGGUCAGCAACAGUAGUCCGUGUCUCAAGGAAACUUUUUACAUAUCAAGCGGUGACGAACGGGACGCUGCAGAUCACCCGGUGGCGAUCAUACUGCGCAACGGGCAGCGAAAUGUUACCGAUAUUGGAACGCUUGUGGACCUGAUGCGAGGCACAGAGAUGUCGCUGAUCGGCCGAACCGACCUGCUGGGCGUCAAAACCAACGCCAUGUUCCGCCGGUUCGCCAACCAGUCGUUUGUGGAACAGCUGACCGCGGCCAACCGGCUUCAGUCGGUCGACAUGACGGCGCCACUGAAAGACGACCGGACAACAAUCGUUACGAACCGGCUACCUUCAUCCGCUGUGUCCGACGACAAAUUGAACACGGACAAGUGUUUCACCGGGCUCGUGGACCUGAAGGUAACUUCGGCUAACAUGAACGGUUACUACAUGGCCUCGGGCCCACCGUUCACCGAGGACCGCGCUGAGGUCGAACCAUUCCGGUGGUCCGAGAGCCCGAUCAGGCACUUGCCGCAUUACGGRCAUCCGGAUGUCUGGGACUUCGAGGUGGAGGCCGUCGUUUGGGUUUGGAAAUGACGACCUGACAUCUUAUAUGCAUAUUACAAUUCUGUAGUGUUAUUAUACUUCCCACUAGACAGUACCUAUAUAAAGUACUACGGARUAUAUCAACGGAACAUCAUGUACGACCCUUAAAAAGUUAAAACUACGUAUAGAUAAUUUUCACGAAGCACGUAUCGAUUAGAUAUCCCAGUGCAGAUGACUUAUUACAAUUAGAAAUUUAUGUCUCACCUACAAAACAAAUUACACAAACUCGAGGUUUUGUUUUAAAUCCAAUUCUCCUACUUAACCUAAUUACUACGUAAUAUAUGUGAUAUCUACUGCCUAUAAACUAUGGACGAUAAUAGUAAUAUAUAAUCUAGAGAUGAAUUGUGAUUAUGAUUAUGAGUUAAAUCAAAUUAUCACACUCGUAUCUCGUUUAUAGUAUUAUAAUAUUGUUGCAGCGAAACGAAUAUCAACAUAUUCGAUGUUAUAGUAUUUUAUCUAAUCACACGAUAUUUUAUUCGCUACUACUUAAAUAUUACAAACUUUUUUUUCCAAAUCACUACAAUUAUUACCAUUUUUUUUAUUUUUAUUUUUUAUUUUUAGCACUUUUAUAGACUAUUUUCUGUAUUUCCUAUUUCUCAAUAUUAACUUAUAUUAUGUAAUUUUUAUUUUAAAUAUACGAUGCAAUGAUGCAAAUGUUCUUGUUUUGUAACAUGCAAUGUGAUGUAAUUUUUAAAUAAAGAUUAUUUUAAAUCGAA